AUGGAAUCAGAAUCUUUAUGUAGCGUUGGUUCAGAGGAGGAUAUCGUUUUGUAUUGUCUCCCCUGUGAACGAGAUGAUAUAAGUGUACCCGCCUUCGGAUACUGUACCGAUUGUAACGAGCAUCUGUGUCAAACAUGCUUUACAUUCCACAAGCGACACAGCCUUUCAAGGAGCCACUCGCUGCUUGACAAAAAUAAAAUGCCGCUGACCCCACAUGUGUUGACAACAAAAGGUCCGUCACAAGUAACAACAGAUCACAUCCAGACCUGUACUCGCCAUAAGAAGGAAAUCAUUAAGUUUUACUGUCAAUUUCACAAUGCACUACUAUGCAAUGUCUGUGUUACUCUUGAACACCAAAUUACUACCUGCAAAGUCAACUAUAUACCCGACAUUUCCGGCGAGAUCGUGAACAGCAACGAAUGUCUGGAUAUGUUGACCACCAUCGACAGUAUGAUCAAUCAAUGUAAAACAAUGUAUGAGGUCGUGCAGAAAACUACGGCGUUGUCAAAUAGUUCUUUGAGAGAAGUAUUAUCUGAAAUCGCUAAAUUUAGAAAGGAAAUUGAUCAGAAAUUAGAUGAACUGGAAACAAGUGCGAAAGAGAAAACAAAAUCUAUUCACCGUGCUAAUAAGAGAAAGCAACACGAAAUUGAAAAGCAAUGUGCUGACAUAACUAAAACUUUAGAGGAAAAAAGAAGUUGUAUCAAGCAUCUUAAUACAUCGGAUCAAUCUGACAAACUUUUUAUUGAAUUAAAAGAGGCAGAGAAAAUAGUUGAACGCAGCCGUAGCGCGUUCCAGUUGUUAACUGUAUCCGAUAUCGAAGAAUACAAGUUUUUACCAAAUGGAGAAAUAAGAAACAUGCUUGGACAGGAGAAAUCAAUAGGUAUAGUGGUACAGAAAUCAAUUAAUCCAAAUAUUCAAUCUACAGCCGUCGAUCUAAAGUCACAGAAAAUGUUAUACAAAGGGGAAAUAUGUGUGAAGACACCACAAAACAAGCACGGUUGUUGUAUCACAGGUAUAGCUCUCAUUAACCCUGUUUAUCUUGUAAUAAGUGACCACGACAACAAGUCUAUUAAGAUGGUUGAAACGCUUAGCCAAUCAAUCGUGGACGAACUAUCACUUGAUGCUAACCCGUGGGAUGUAACCAUAGUUUCCAGCAGCAAAAUUGCUAUAACCAUUCCUAAUACCCAAACUAUUCAGUUUGCAAAAAUCUGCUCCGGCAAAUUGAAAAAGAUUAAUUCCAUCAUGGUGAAUGGACAUUGCCAAGGUUUGAGUUUUUUCCAAGGUAAACUUGUGGUCACUUUUAGCGAGCCUGCCAAACUUCAGAUUCUUGAAACAAAUGGCGAUAUACAAACAACUGUUUCAGGACAAAAUAUUUUCUGUUACCCUGAAUAUGUAGCAACGGAUAUGAAUAGCAUAUACAUAUCAGACUGGAAGCUGAAACAGGUAACAAGGCUAAAUUGGCAGGGCAAUGUAACUGGUGUAUUUUGUGAUCUAGCUGAGCCUGGAGGAAUAGCGUUGACAGAAGAAGGGACUGUGUUUGUUGGUGACAACAGCAAGCAUAGUAUAGAGGAAAUAUCAGGACAGUGUGCAAAGAUACAAGCCGUUUUGAAGAAUCCAAAGUGCGCGCGAGCUCUCUGUUGGUGCAAAGAAAAAAAUGUUCUAUAUUUCAGUAGUGAAGUUGCCCAAGUAAAUAAUUAUCUGCAAAUCUAUGUGCGAUCUUAA